UCUAAAGAUUAAAGAUGGCAGCCUCCAUGAGAAGUCUCAAAUGUUUGCAAUUACAAGUUUUCAAGUCUCAAAGUAAGCUACUUGCCAGCGCUUCGAAUGCAAGGAUACCUCAGUUUAAAGCUGGGUAUCACACAGCUAACAGCACAGUCUCUAGAAGGGUUUCUCCCUGCACAUCUUGUAGAUGGAAUCAAUUCACUCAGCAAAAGAGAACAUUCUUCGGGAUCUUUAAGAAAACUCCAGAGCCUGAGCCUGUGAGAGAGGAGGAUCUAGCUUAUAGAGUAGUUACUCCAAGAAAUGUUAGUGCAAGACGGACUGUACCUGACAGUAUAAAGAAACCAGAGUAUGCAGUGACGGGGAAAGCAGGGACUAUUCGUCCGUAUCCCGUUGUGUUGAAUAGGGAUGAAGCGGAUAGGAUGCGGGAUGCUGGGGCUAUGGCAAGAAAAAUACUGGAUAUUGGGGCCUCAUAUGUCAAGCCAGGAGUGACUACAGACUUCAUAGAUGAAAAGAUCCACGCUGCAUGUUUGGAAAACAGAGUCUACCCUUCCACGUUGAACUACAAGGGCUUUCCAAAAUCAGUCUGCACCUCAAUCAAUAAUGUGGUUUGCCACGGGGUACCAGACGAUAGACCACUGGAGGAAGGCGAUAUCGUUAAUGUCGAUUUCACUGUUUUUAUGGGUGGUUACCAUGGUGAUGUUUCUGAAACCUAUGUCGUAGGUUCGGUGGACGGUGAUGGCCAGCGCUUGAUCGACGCGGCAAGACUGUGCCUGGACGAAGCUAUCAAGAAGUGUGGUCCACAGGUACCCAUCGCAGAAAUUGGAAAUACCAUAGAAUCAAUAGCUCGUGCAGCUGGAUUUCAUGUGUGUCCUUCGUUUGUAGGGCACGGCAUCGGCAGACUGUUUCACUGUAAACCAGACAUAUGGCAUUAUGCCAAUACUUAUCCAGAGAGAAUGUUACCAGGGAUGGCAUUUACUAUUGAGCCAGUCAUCUUGGAGAACACAGAUUCAAUCUUUAUCGCGGAAGACAAUUGGACAGUCUUAGCUCAGAGACACACCAGAUCAGCCCAGUUUGAACAUACUGUUCUCGUCAAUGAUUUUGGGGUUGAGGUCCUCACAGCUUUCCCCCAGGAAUACUACGAGUCCGGGUCGAAAAGCACAAUGCCGUCAUCAGCUUCGUCGGGUUCGAGCAAAUCAUCCGAGAACAAGGAGAGUUCGGAGGGACACGAUGAUAACAAGGAAUGGAAAUUUGACUGAUGUUGUGAGGUUUGCUCUGACGAAUCUGAAUGAUCAGUUAGUUGUGGUUCGAACCCUGUCAAGGUAACUGCAUACAUGUAUUUCAUAAUGACUAGAAUAAGUAUUGUCGUCUAGUUACUGAAUCACAAUUUCUUGAUUUGUGCAAUUCAUAAUCAUAGACGUUAAACCGAUGUUUGUUUCAGAGAGAUUGGCUGUUACCAGCUCGGUGUUUGUAUCCCCUUGUAUUGUGGGAGUCUGCCAAGUUCCCUUGACGGGAAGAUCAUCUAAACAAACAAGCAAACAAACAAUCAAUUGAUUUCAAUCCACCAGUAUGACUCAUGGAAGACAAGUUCAGUUGAACAACUCCUGGGUCAUAAAUGACGCGAUUCCGGUGGCCUUACUCCUUUUGGGUCAGUGUCCUUGGAACUUGUGUUACAAUGACCCCAAAUGGGUCAAAUUUAUGCAGAAUCCGAGCUAAAAUCCUUUUUUUUAAACCAAUUUCCGGGUCAGCCUGACCUAGAAAUAGUUUUUAUCAACACUUCAUGAUUAGACAAAAUUAUUUUCAUUAGUUUAACAUGGCCUGCACUCCUCUUGUUGUGAAUUGCCAACAACUUCAUUUUUUUUUUGUGGGAUCCCAAUUGUCACAAUAUUCAAAAUCAAAUGGUUUUGGGUUCUGUGAUACCCUACGCCAUUCAACUUAUGAAUGUCAAAUGGGCCAUAAAGGUAAUAAUUCUCCACACAGUCCAUUGUCAUUACAGUAUGGUAAUGUUGUUUCAAUCUUCCUGUGGGAAGACCUGAAGUGGUCCAGUGGUUAGACUGCAGGACUUGUUGCAGACUUGCAGGACUGCAGGACUGCAGGACAAGGUUGUAGGUUCGAAUCCCCCAAGCUAACAUCUGAUUUCACAAUUACUAGAAUAAGUAUUGUCGUCUAGUUACAAACAAACAAACAAACAAACAAACAAACAAACAAAGUACAGAAAUUAAAUGUUUCCAUUAAAUGUUCCUACAAUUUUGUAAUAUAAGGAGAAAAAUGGCUAGCCAUUUAUUACAUUAGCUUCAAUAAGUUUGAUAAACGUAUCUUUAUCUUAUAAUAAAGUUCCAUCACUGUGCUACAGUCAGUUUCUGUUUAGUUUUUACCAAAAUUUGCAGAUUUAGUAAUUUCUCAUUUAUAUCUAGAACAUUGCCACAUUGUUUACACAAAUAGCGACUAGGUGUGCAUUGUAGGGAAUUUUCCGGGUUGCAAAACUGCUCUGGUGACAUAAGAAUUGUUUUACAACAUCCUCAAAACGUUGUAUCAUGAUUUACCAUGUUAACACGUUUUCGAGAUGUGCACUUCAUUUUAAAUCAACAGUUUAUACAAAUUCUUUAAAAAACGAAGGUUAAAUAAAAAAUUCAAUCAAAUAAAAGAUUUUUGAGUUUUCUUCCUGUGAGCUGUGUAUAAAGCCUGCCUGUGAGAAGCCCAGGCUCUGUGCUUGACAUUUAUAAGCAUGUUAAGCAUGUUUAGCAUAAGCAUGUUAUGUCCCAUUUUACAUGGGAUGUCACAGUUUAAACGUGAUGUCACAAAUUACGUGUGAUGUCACAGAUUCCAUGUGAUGUCACAAACGUAAUACAUUGUCUGAUUACAUAUAAUUUCUAAUAAUCCAGCACAUUUGUUUAGUUUACUUUCAAUCUGAAAGCUCGCUGAUUAAAAAAGUUCUAACAAGUCAAAUUGAUAGAAACUUUUACAUCUAAAUACUGCCAAAAGUCCCGGGGGAAUAGCAUUGCUUAUUCUUAUUGGAGCAAUCAAAAUAAGCAACGUACACGAGCACGCACAAAAUCCAUGACACGAUAAUAUGACAUAAUUACAUAAAUAUUCUUUAUUGAGUUCGCGAAAACGUGACCACAAAUUUGAAGGAAAAAAAAUACAGAAACCCAUUUUGUUUGAAAUCACAUGUUGGAUUAAUCGUGUGUUGUAUGGAAAACUCGAGGAAGGGAAACGAUUAAUUCUUUAAAAAUUUAAUUAUUGUAUAAUAUUAUAUAUUAUACUUUUAAACGAUAUCCCCAUGUGUGAACCUCCCCUUGAACACCAUGAUUGAUGGCUAACCACCAUACAUGACAAGCAGAUGCCGUUGUAUAUUUAUAUGCAGAGAUUGUCUAUACCAUCCCCCUGGUAUUCCCAACAAUUUGACGGCUAAACUAAAUAGUCAAAAUGUAGGAUCCUAAUUAAGAUGUUGAAAACUGAUACAUGUAUCUGCAUAUCGCCCUAUCUGAUUAAUUUUCGUUUUGCAAGGUGCCUAGUAGACAUGUGAUUUUGUUUAACACUCUGUGACCUUAAUUAUAAGACGAGAGCUUUAUUUUUCACUGUGAUGGGCUGGGAGAAAUGCAACAGUUUUUUUUACGAAGAAUGAAUGCAUCCUCAUAAUUUUUAUCUAGAAUGUUUAAAACUGAUAUAUGCAAAUCAGCCGUUCUGAUUGUUUUUGUUUUACAAGGCAUAGACUUGUGAUUUUGUUUAAACACUUUGAGUAACCUUAACAGAACGAAUUAUUAUUUAUUAUUAUUAUUAAAACAU